UUGGCGGCGCCAAACACGUUUUUAUUAACGCUGCUCUGGGGGGGAGAUCUGGGCCUCGCUGUUUAUUCGGGCGAUUGUGGUCACAUCGGAGAGCAUCUGUCGGGGCGCUGCUCCUCUUCCUCCAGCUCAGCAGAAGUCGCACCCCGCUGCGUGAGACAAGGAGGUCGCAGGCAGGCGGAGGAAACGAGGAAGGCCUCGAGCCUUGAGAGUUCCCACCGACGCCGGCAGCAGCGGAAGCGUGACCUCCCAGGCACCCAGAGACAUGACCGGCCUGCGGUCGAUGUCGCUGCUGCUGGUGCUGAUCGCUGUGUCACGUGGACAGCAUCUUCACACGGAGGGCGGCGAGUGGGAGCCGGGGCCGUGCGACGACUCCGAGGUGCGGCGGCUCCGCGGGCAGGUGACGGCGCUGGAGCGCGCGCUCGGGGAGGCGCACGCCCGCGCGCGCGCCCUGCUGCAGGAGCGCGCCGCCAGGACGGCGCCACCACAGCCGCCGCCGCGGUCGGCGCCCGCUUUCGGCUCCCAGGGGGAGUACGCCGACUGCGCGGAGGCGUUCAACGCGGGCCGCGUGCGGAGCGGCUACUACCGCGUGCGCCCGCGCAGCGCGCCGGACGCCUUCACCGCUUACUGCGACAUGUCCGACGGGGGCGGCUGGACCGUGCUCCAGCGUCGAACCGACGGCGCCGUGGACUUCAACAGAGCAUGGAAGGAAUACAAGGAUGGAUUUGGGAACUUCAAGACUGACAACAGCGAAUAUUGGCUGGGCAAUGAAAAAAUACACCAACUCACCAUUCAAGGUGACUACAUCCUGAAGGUGGACCUCACCGACUGGGACGGCGAGCAGCGCGACGCUCAGUACCAGAAGUUCCAGGUCGCAGAUGAGAAAGCAAAAUACCAGCUGACGUUUGGCGCCUACAGCGGCGGCACGGCAGGGGACGCUCUGUCGGGCGGCUUCCACCCCGAGACGCGCUGGUGGGCCGACCUCAACGGGAUGUCCUUCAGUACGCGCGACCGCGACAGCGACCGCUACGAGGAGGGGCAGUGCGCCCGCGAGGACACGGCCGGCUGGUGGUUCAACAGAUGCCACGGAGCGAAUUUGAACGGCGUGUACCACCUCGGAGGGCCCUACUCGGCGGGCACGGACAAUGGCAUCGUGUGGUACACGUGGCGUGGCUGGUGGUACUCGUACCGCGCCGCGCGCAUGAAGGUCCGCCCGGCCGCCUUCCAGCCAGCGGAGGCCACCUAGGGCUGGCCGUCAUCGCAUUGCCCACCGAGGGCCCGCGGAGACGAUGGGAGCGCCUCAUCGGCCUCAUCGGUGGUGGCUUCUUGAAAAUUCGCCGUUUUGUCUGAAAAGAGGUUGGCUCUCAAAUCGGUUUUUUUUUGUGGUUCGAAAUUAUUGCGGAAAAUAUACCGGCCUUGGGGGAAAACGAGACCCUCAUGUAAUGUGAUUUUCCAAGAGCAAUUGCAGAAAUACAGUUUAAGUCUUUUUUUGAUUUUUAGUUAUUACACUGUAUAUACUGUACCAAAUCGACCAGCAAACAACACAUGCCCUGACUAGAUACUGCCAAUAACUUAAUCAAACUCAAUCAUGUAAGCACAUGAUGCCCAACUGGUUGGCAAGGCCUUGAAAUGGUGGCAAAUGUGCCUCAGCAGUGCUGUGGCCCGUGUGUUCAUGUGCCCUGUGCGUACGAGCGGAACUAAAGGGGCAGCAGAAUCAAAGAAUUCCUGAAUGAGUCCCAUCACCGUGGCCCAGGGUUUGGCCCACACACACUUGUACCAGCCCUGCGUGGCCUACGGUGUGGGACGAUGAUUUUUUUAAUGAGCUUGGCUGUUAGAUCUCUUAAUGCCUCGAACUAAACUAGAGCUCUUUGUUGCUAAGGGGGCAACACCAACAGCCGCUUCUGACCCGCCCCUACUGGACAUGUGAAAAAGAGCUUCAUAGCUCAUCAGAUUCCUCCAGUCGCUUCGUUGAGUGGAGGUGGCUGUGGACAGGAUUAGCUGCCAUCACCUGAAUUCCACGGCCCCCCCUCUUUUGGAUUCCAAGGUAAGAACCGAGGGUUUCCGAGAUGCCAUCCGCAUUUAUAGGCACUGCAUUGAGGACCACUGAUCUGCGAUGGGCUCCAGUGCCUACAGCUUGUGGUCUGUUUUCAGGUUGGACGCCCUAGACCAGGGGUCGGCAACCAAAAUAACAAGAAGAGCCAUUUCUUUCCAAUUCGGUACAAAAUUCAGUAUUUCAAGAGCCGCAAUGCAUCUGAGUACAUACGUACUCAUCGUCAAGAAGCAGCCCGUAAAGAGCCGCAUGCGGCUCCGGAGCCGUAGGUUGCCGACCCCUGCCCUAGACCAUGGGUUGCUGCAGGCUGAAUCGACACCGUCUUGCUGUGCUCUUUUUGGGCGUUGUGACCUGUGUGACAAUCCUGUUGGCCACCACGCUCGCUUGAAACAUGCACGUUUGAUUCCCAUGCCUGAAGCAUCUGCAGCCUCUGUGAAAAGUGAUCCACGAAUAAAUUGCAAUCGAUGUCGA